GCCGCCUGUCAGGAUGUGAGAGGGAGGUUGUGGGCGGGGCCAGGGUUCAGGGAAGAUGGCUGCUCGCAGAGCGCACGAGCUGGGCGCUCUGACAUGGCGCCUUGCUGGGCAUUGGAGGCCGGGCACGGCGGGCUUAGGUGGUGUGCUGGCAGCCAGAGGGUCUGGGCAGAGCUGGAGGAGUUAUGUCUGCCUGCAGAGCUCGAGGAGCAACCUGCCCUUGACAGCUCCACACACAGGGCUGACCCCUCUUUGUGUCAGCUGGAGAGGGUACAGGACAGGCUGGAGGGGGCAGGAGGAUGGCAGAGGGGGCAAGAGGAUGUGGGCUGUGAUGUUUGCUGUAGGUGGCUCCUUGGGGGUGCUGCAGACCUUAAACUAUGCCCUGGGGGAGCAGAAGGCAGAGGAAGCGACCCAGCAGGCAGAGGAAAAUGGGGGUCUCCAGCUUACACUGUACCAGUACAAAACCUGUCCCUUCUGCAGUAAGGUGCGCGCCUUCCUUGAAUAUCACCAGCUGCCACAUGAGAUCGUAGAAGUGAAUCCAGUCAUGAGGAAAGAGAUCAAAUUCUCCACCUAUAGGAAGGUCCCCAUCCUUUUGGCGAAUGCUGGCUGCUCUAUGCAACUAAAUGACUCUUCAGUUAUCAUCAGUGCUGUGAAAUCCUUCCUCAUCUCCAAGAAGAAAAGUUUGGAGGAGAUUGUGUCUUAUUAUCCAGGUAUACAAUCCACAAAUGAAAAAGGGAAGGAGGUGACCGAGUAUCAGAACAGAUACUGGCUCAUGCUGGACGAACAGGAAACCAAGCAGCUGUAUGGGUCCAAAGAGGCGCAGAAGGAAGAGAUGAAAUGGCGCCGGUGGGCCGAUGACUGGCUGGUCCACCUAAUCUCGCCAAAUGUUUACCGCACCCCAGGAGAAGCACUCGCCUCGUUUGACUACAUUGUACGAGAAGGGAACUUCGGCUCUGCGGAAGGCCUUUGCGCCAAAUAUGUGGGAGCGGCAGCCAUGUUUUUCAUCGGCAAGAGACUGAAAAGCAGGCACAACUUACAAGACGACGUGCGCCAAGAUCUGUACAAAGCUGCUGACACUUGGGUGAAAGCUGUGGGGAAGCACAGGAAGUUCAUGGGAGGCUCGGAGCCUAAUCUGGCGGAUCUGGCUGUAUACGGGGUCCUGAGGGUCAUGGAGGGCUUGAAAUCCUUUGAUGAUAUGAUGGCACACACCAAGAUUCAACCAUGGUACAAGAGAAUGACCAGAGCCAUAGAAGAGAGAGCAGCUUCCCGCUGAGAACAACACCAGAAGGUUCCUAUAUGGGUCUAGACGGUUCUUCAAGGGCUUUACAAAAGGACCCAACCAGAGGCAGUGUGUACUGUAUGUGCUUAGC